CCUCGAGAAAGGGGCGGGGCGGACGGAAGCUCCCGAGGGCGAGCUAGCGGAAGGCCGAGAUGCAGAUUUCCGGUCUUUGUGGCUCGCCGCUCUGGGUCGAAGCUUGUGCCCUGGCGGCUCCUGGGCUUCGCGGAAAGAAGAGAUUACCCCCAAAAUCUCUCACACACAGAACCUGGUUGUACUGAGGUUCUUGCUAAGCUGUUUCAUUCCAGAAUGGCUGUGGAUUCCAGAGCAAUUUCAACUCAGAUACCUCAGGAUCAUCAGGAACAAGAAUUAAUACUAGUGAAAAUAGAAGAUAGCUUUUCUUGGGGUCAGAAAUUUAAACAGAAUGGGAGUAUCCAAUCCUGCCAAGAAUUGUUUCGACAACAGUUCAGAAAGUUUUGUUACCAUGAGACACCUGGGCCCCGGGAAGCUCUGGGCCGACUCCAGGAGCUUUGCUAUCAGUGGCUAAUGCCAGAAUUGCACACAAAGGAGCAGAUCUUAGAACUUCUGGUGCUGGAGCAGUUUCUGAGCAUCCUACCUGAGGAGCUGCAAAUCUGGGUUCAGCAACAUAGUCCAAGAAAUGGGGAGGAAGCUGUGACCCUGUUGGAAGAUUUGGAAAGAGAAUUUGAUGAUCCAGUGCAGCAGGUCCCAGCUAAUCCACAGGGACCAACAGUGCCAUGGAAGGAUUUGACAUGUCUAGCAGCAUCCCAAGAGUCAACAAACAUUCAACUCCAACCUUUAAAGUCACAACUGAAAUCUUGGAAACCCUGCCUUUCCCCUAAACGUGAUUGUGAAAACAAUGAAACAACAACACAGGACAUUUCAGGAGAAAAUUCACAGGGAUUCUCUCGGGAACCUUCAUUUGGAGUGGUUAGUGAGCGUGAAAGCAAUUUAGACUGGCAACAAGGAAGUGCUAUGGGGCAGAAAUUAAGAAGAUCCUCUCCACACGGGAGUAGUUGUAGGCAGGUGAUUUUCACACACAAAUCUUUAGGAAAGAGAGACCAUCAUGAUGAGCCUCAAAGAUGCUUGAUUCUAAGUACAAACCCUAUAACAAGUCAGAAAGUUCCUUCAGAAGAGAGACCUUAUAGAUGUGAUGUGUGUGGGCACAGUUUCAAGCAGCAUUCAUCUCUAACACAACAUCAGAGAAUCCAUACUGGAGAAAAGCCCUAUAAAUGUAACCAGUGUGGGAAGGCCUUUAGUUUAAGGUCAUAUCUGAUUAUUCAUCAAAGAAUUCAUAGUGGUGAGAAAGCAUAUGAAUGUAGUGAAUGUGGAAAAGCCUUCAAUCAAAGCUCAGCCCUCAUUAGACACCGGAAAAUUCACACUGGUGAGAAAGCUUGUAAAUGUAAUGAGUGUGGUAAAGCCUUCAGUCAAAGUUCAUAUCUUAUUAUACAUCAAAGAAUUCACACUGGUGAGAAGCCGUAUGAGUGUAAUGAGUGUGGGAAAACCUUUAGCCAGAGCUCCAAGCUUAUUAGACAUCAGCGAAUUCAUACAGGAGAGAGACCGUAUGAGUGUAAUGAAUGUGGGAAAGCUUUCAGGCAGAGCUCAGAACUGAUUACCCACCAGAGAAUACAUAGUGGGGAGAAACCCUAUGAAUGUAAUGAAUGUGGAAAAGCCUUCAGUCUGAGCUCAAACCUCAUCAGACAUCAGCGAAUUCACAGUGGAGAGGAACCUUAUCAGUGUAAUGAAUGUGGCAAAACCUUCAAAAGGAGCUCAGCCCUUGUUCAGCAUCAGAAAAUCCAUUCUGGGGAUGAAGCUUAUAUAUGUAAUGAAUGUGGGAAGGCUUUCAGGCACAGAUCAGUCCUUAUUCGCCAUCAGAGAGUCCACACUGUAAAGUAACUUGUGAAUACAACGAAUAUUAUAAAUGCUUCAGUAAGAUUUUUUAUCUUUGUUAGAAAUGUUUUUCUUGGAGCAAAACUCCGUAAAGGUUAACUACUAGGUCUUGAGUCAUUCUAAGGCUUUAUGCAACACUACACAGAGCUAGUGCAAAUUGUUCCUUAAAAGCUUUUUCCUGUGACUAAUGAAAGCAGAGGAUGGAAGAAUUAUUACUUCCAGCUUUUCGCUUACUGUUAAAAAUACUCAGGAAAUAUGAAAAGCAGGAAUGUGACAUUGAAACCUCAUUUUCUAUGAGAAUGUCUUGAAAGGGGUUAGGGACUCAGGCUCAGUCACUGCAUCUGAUUGUCAAUGUGCCCCCACUUUGGGAGAGAGUGGACAGCAUAAGGGACUGUUUGUUUCAGGAAAUCAAAAUUUUUUAUUAAAUCAGAACUGACAGCAGAAAAAAAAAGUGGGGAAAGUUUUAUCAGUGUUGAGUCCAGGGCAGGUCAGAAAUUAGAUAUGCAUGAGAAGAAAUAAUACAAAUUAAUGUAUCCAACAAUUUAUUUUGUUUUUGAGAAUUUUCUUUGUACUUGAGACUUGAGAUGCAAUGGAAGAUCAGGCAUAAUCUCUGUCAUGUAAUGGGCAAGGCAGUCAGUCAUGUAGUAGCACCAUGGUGUGGUCAGUGCUAUGUGACUCAAGGAGCUCUCAACUUUGGGUAAGGGAAUAGGGGAAAUGACAUGAAAGAUGAAAGGACUUAGCCAGGGGGAAGUGUUCAUAGUAAAAGGAGCAACAGGUAAAGGCCAAUGAAGCAUUUUCUGUUGAGCUCUUUUGAAAUGGAGUCAUGUCCAUAAGAAGUGUGGGUAGAACCAGUCUCUGAAGCACAGUGCCUAAUGCAAUAUAUGAGCCAAUCGAGAAAUUUCUGUUUAAAAAGGAAAAACCUAGAAUACUUGGAGUGAAUAGCUUUGUCUUGGUUGAUAUGACCCAAGAGAAAGGGCUAAUAUGUGGUUUCUUUGCCCAACCUACAGGCUAGGCUAGAAUUUCUAUGGAGUAGGUGGAGGAAGUGGAGGUUAAGAAAGAGCCUUGGUAAAUGUUAAGAUUCUGACUCCCUCUCCUAGGUAUGAGGACACCUUUGUUACAGUAUUGGAACUGUUGUCAGGUUAAUCCCCAAGUCCCUGAGUUGGAAUCUGCCAAAUCAUUCAUUUUCAAAGCUCUGUCCUUAUAAGUUCUAGUAUACUUCCUUGGACUUGGGUGCUUAAAAAAUAUGUCAGUUGCUGGGUCUGUGACUUACUCUCUAGACACCUCAUGUGUGAUAUUUCAUAGCUUUUGCAAAGGAAAAUGACAACAAGUAACAACUGUGAUCAGUCAAGACUUCCCCUCUUCUGAGGAACCUAGCACAAAGAAGCUGGUAUUUACUAUAAGGUGGAAAGUUGUACAGGUUAAUCAGCAAUAGACAUGACCCCAUUCAAAAGACCUAACAGGAUAGAGGAACAACAUACCAAAAACAGAUGUGUGUAGAAAUCCUCUAGAAUCUUGUGACUAGAAAAAGAAUUCUAAUGAGAAGCAAAGAGAAUUAAUACUCCUAUUGGAAUAUAAGUAGGCAUAUGGUGACUAGUAAGAAUGACAGCACACCUAACGUCCAUUUUUAAAGAGAAUAUGAGAAAAUGGAAGAAUAAUAUGAGUUGGAAAUAUGGUAAAAUGUAACAGUACAUGGUGAGAGCUGCUCAAUUCAUUUUCCUCUUUUUCCACAAAGAUAGCAGAAGGAAAAAAUACUCCAGAGAGCUCUUACAUGUAAGAAAUGUAAUAGGUAUUUGCUAAGGGCUCUGUAUGUAUACAUUAUUUAUUUCUCUUUUUAGCCCAUGUUCUAGGCAGAUGAAGUGAAGGCUAAAGGUCAUGUCUAGAAGGUAGAACUCAUAACCCUAUGUAAAAUCACUGUGCUAUCUUCCCAUGAAAAACUUCUAAUUGAAAAACUAGCAUUAAAAUAGGCAAAUCACAAAAGACUAAGUGCCAAGGGACAAUACAUGUAUGUCAAUCUUAUAAAAUGUUCAUUGAAGCAAUUGAUAUGGCACUUCCAAAAUUGAUAAGAGAUUCAGGGAAAUUGGGACUCUAUGCUGGUGUCAUGUGAAUAGACAAUAUCUUAGCAAUCACUACCAGAAGCCUUAAGCAUUGCCUUUGGACUUUGAAAUUCUAUCUGAAAAUAAAUAUACUUCAGAAACCAUCAUGAAUGUACAAAAUCUUAAAAGCUGUUAAAAUUUGUUGAUUAAUGUUGAAAUAAAGCAUUCAUGAUAGAUUGUUAAAUAUUAUAAUUGUACUGUAUGACCCCAUGUAAAAAAUAUAUUUAUGCAUUAAAAAUACUAGAAAUGUGCAA